AUGAAAGUGACCUUAUCAGCUCUGGAUACUUUUGAGAGUUCCUUCACGCCUCUGGUAGUCAUAGAACUUGCUAAAGAUGUCAAAGAUGAAACCAAGGAAUGGCUGAAAAACAGAAUUACCAUGAAAAAGAAAGAUGGAGGAGCCCAGCUGUUGUUUAGACCGCUGUUAAAUAAAUACGAGAAAGAAACAGUGGAGAACCAGAACUUAUAUCUUGUUGGUGCCUCCAAUAUUAGAUUGCUGCUGGGGGCAGAAGCAGUGGGAUUGGUAAAGGAGUGCAACGAUAACACCAUGCGAGCCUUUACCUACGGAACCCGACACAACUUCAAAGAAUUUGAUGAUAACAAUGAUGAUUUCCUCACAAUGGCAGAACGUCAAUUCAUUAUCAAACAUGAACUUGAAAAUCUUAGAGCCAGAGAUGAAAAAAUGAUCCCCGGUUACCCCCAGGCAAAGUUGUAUCCAGGAAAAUCUUUAUUGAGAAGACUGCUCACGUCUGGCAUCGUGAUCCAGGUGUUUCCACUGCAUGACAACGAGGCCCUGAAGAAGCUGGAGGACUCGUGGUACACAGGGUUUAAUCUAAAGUAUCAGCCCAUAGAUGGUAUCCGUGGCUACUUUGGGGAAACCAUCGCUCUUUACUUUGGAUUUUUGGAGUAUUUUACUUUUGCCUUAAUCCCCAUGGCGGUCAUUGGGCUGCCUUACUACUUGUUUGUGUGGGAAGACUAUGACAAGUAUGUGAUUUUCGCCUCCUUCAACCUGAUCUGGUCCACAGUGAUCCUGGAAGUGUGGAAGCGUGCCUGUGCCAGCAUGACCUACAGGUGGGGGACCCUGGUCAUGAAGAGACAGUUCGAGGAGCCCCGGCCAGGAUUCCACGGGGUCCUGGGCAUCAAUUCGGUCACGGGCAGGGAGGAACCUCUCUACCCCAGCUACAAGAGGCAGCUGCGCAUCUACCUGGUCUCUCUGCCGUUCGUGUGCCUCUGUCUCUACUUCUCUCUGUACAUCAUGAUGAUUUACUUCGACAUGGAGGCCUGGGCCUUGGGUGUCCACGAGAACAGCGGGUCCGAGUGGACCAGUGUCCUGUUGUAUGUGCCCAGCAUCAUCUACGCCAUCGUGAUUGAGAUCAUGAACCGCCUCUAUCGCUAUGCUGCCGAGUUUUUAACUUCGUGGGAGAAUCACAGAUUGGAGUCUGCCUACCAGAAUCAUCUAAUUUUGAAAGUUUUAGUGUUCAACUUUCUGAAUUGCUUUGCCUCACUCUUCUACAUCGCCUUCGUCCUGAAGGACAUGAAGCUCUUACGUCAGAGCCUGGCCACGCUCCUGAUCAUGUCCCAGAUCCUGAACCAGGUUGUGGAGUCUCUGCUGCCUUAUUGGCUCCAGAGGAAGCACCACGUGCAGGUGAAGAAGAAAGUGCAGGCUCUGAAGGCUGACAUCGAUGCCACGUUGUACGAACAGGUCAUCCUGGAAAAGGAAAUGGGCACGUAUUUGGGCACCUUCGAUGACUACCUGGAGCUCUUGCUGCAGUUUGGCUACGUGAGCCUUUUCUCCUGUGUUUACCCGCUAGCAGCGGCCUUCGCUGUGCUAAACAACUUCACCGAAGUUAAUUCCGACGCCUUAAAAAUGUGCAGAGUCUUCAAACGUCCAUUCGCAGAGCCUUCGGCCAGUAUUGGUGUGUGGCAGUUGGCUUUUGAAACAAUGAGUGUGAUCUCCGUGGUCACUAACUGUGCUCUGAUUGGAAUGUCGCCGCAAGUGGAUGCAUUGUUUCCGGAGUCAAAGACAGACCUCGUUUUGAUUGUAGUCGCAGUGGAGCACGCACUCCUGGCUUUGAAGUUUAUACUUGCCUUCGCCAUCCAUGACAAACCACAGCACAUCCAGCUGAAACUGGCCAGAUUGGAAUUUGAGUCUUUGGAGGCGCUGAAGCAGCAGCAAAUGAAGCUGGUGGCCGAGAACCUGAAGGAGGAAGGCGGGAAGGAGAAGGCGACCUGA